AUGUAUCGGAAGAAUAGCUUCCAGAGAUUUUGGAUCUGUGGCGUCGGUACGAAGCCUGAGGAGAGUAGGACGAAGGCGAAACGAAGUGAAGCUUCCGGAAUAGUCGGGACGAGGCUCCUCCAAGAGGCCGUGCAAUGCUUGAAAAUCAUUCCCCAUGCCUUGGAGUCCUCAUGGAGCGGUUCAAUCCAGAUCCUCGGUUGUGGUUUCGCGCUGGCUAUAUUACAUACCAGGACUGCAGGCCUAGUGUGA